GGUGAGCGGGUUCCAGCACCCGCGCACGCGGCCGUUGGUGAGCGGGUUCCAGCGCUCGUGCACGCGCAGGGAAACUCGCGCCCGCGGAAGCAAAUAUACUAGAGGAGUUCCUCUUGGAUUUUUGCGCGGAAGCGUCCACUCGGAGCCGCGAGCAUGGAUAAUGGUCCUCGCGAGAACGAGGGAGUGGCCGCCGCCGGGAGGGCAGCAGCCGGAGAGACAGAGCCGGCAGCGGCCGCCGCCGGGGUGUCGACGCGGAAUCCUGGGCUGUCGCGACGCGGCUCCUCCGGCAGCCUCUUCAUCUGCUCCUUCGACUGCGGGGCCACGUUUGCCAAGAACUGGCGGUUACAAGAGCACCUGCGCAGGCACACGGGGGAGAAACCAUUCUCAUGUGAACAUGAAGGUUGUAAUAAACGCUAUGCUAGAAAAGGUCACCUUACAAGACACAUUCAUAUUCAUGGAGGAGAAAAAACAUUCAGGUGUACAAACGAAAUAUGUAAUCAAACAUUUACGACAAAAGACAACUUAAAGAAGCACCUUUUAAGAAAGCAUGACAUUGUUGAAAAGCCUUAUUUGUGUGACUUUGAAGGAUGUGGUAGAUCGUUCAAGAAACAUCAACAACUCAAAAUCCAUCAAUACGACCACACACAAGUACCAGCAUUCAAAUGCAAUUAUGAAGGGUGUGACAAACGUUUUUGUUUUCCGAGCCAGUUGAAACAACAUGAAAAGGUGCAUGCAGGUUACAAGUGCAAAGUAGAAUGCUGUUCAUUUAUUGGAAAAACCUGGACAGAGUUAGUUAAUCACAAGCGGAAGGAACACAAAGAAGUCUUUGUUUGCAGUGAGUGCAGUAAGAAGUUUAAACGGAACGACAAUCUUCAAGCACAUCUUAAAAUUCAUGGUCAAGAGAGGGAGGUCUUUCGGUGUCCCAGAAAUGGCUGUGAGAGAACUUAUACCACAUCAUUCAAUCUGCAAAGCCAUAUUCUUUCUUUUCAUGAGCAACAGCAAAACUUUAUUUGUAACCAUCCCGACUGUAGGAAAGCUUUUUCAAUGAAACAAAGUUUGGACCGCCAUUCUGUUAUACAUGACCCUAAAAAACAGAAAUUAAAGGGAAAACGGCCUCGUCCGAAACGUUCUCUUGCCUCGCGCCUUGCUGGAUACCUUCCUCCUAGGAAACAGCAGUCCGCUGCAGCCGUGACUAAUUUAUCUGAAAUGCUUGAAAACGCCAAGAUGUCAGAAUUAAAGAAGAAAACUGAGCUGCUGGAGCCUGUCGUAGCUAAUUAAUUAUUACUGUUGAGGAAACCUUGAACUUUAAAAGUUUGUCAUAUUGAUGUGUAAACAAUAACUGAAACCUUGGAUGGCUUUUCAAUGCUAUACAGGUGAUUUGGAGAUUUGAGCCUAUCUUUUAAAUACUUAAUAGCAAUAAGUAGUAUUCUCCAUGUAAUUAAUACCUAAUUUCAUUUAUUUCAACUGAGUUGUUUGGCAAAAGUUCUGCUAUUAAACACAAGGAAGGACUCAGUGGGUCAGACAGCUUCUGUGGAGGGAAACAGCAGAUGACCUUUAGUGCUGUGACCCUUCUUCAGACUCGGACAUUGUCUGAAGAAAGAUCCUGACCCCAAAAAAUCGUCUGUUCAUUUCCCUCCACAGAUGCUGCCUGACCUGCUGAGUUCCACCAGCAGUCUCUUUUGUGCGCAAGAUUCCAGCAUGUGCAGUCUCCAUUGUACUGCCCUUGUACAUUUCAGCUUUUAUGUCAAAUAGCCCCUCUUCCUAUUUCAACAAUCUUUGCAACUUUUUUCCUCUUCCAUUUAAUUGCAACUUUCUUUCAGUUGCAUCACUGCUAUUUAACUGCAGGACAUGACCAAAGUUGCCUUAAUUCAUGUUUUGAGCCAGUCUGAUCAUUUCUCAGUCAACUGACACAUAGCCAAGAAGAAAUAUAUUACAUUGUUUUUUCUUUAAUCAUUGAUCUGUAAUGUGAAGGAUUUUUAAAAGCUAUGUACAAAAACAUAAUUAAAAUGAAACUGCUCUUUG